AGCCAUGAAUUUCACCGACGCAGUCAGCCCACUCCUGGCUUCCACCCAGGUCUCGGAGAAGAUGCAACGCUGGACGGAGGCCAUCGCGAAGGGCGAGAAGCCACCUGGUGACGUCUACGGGAAACCCUCGGAGACUCAGAUUAGAGAGCUGGAGAAUGUUAGGAGUUUGAGUAGAGAACUGCAGGAUAACUUACAUGAACUAGAAAACUCCGUGCGCAUAGCCGACGUAGAAAACUCCGCCAUGAACCCUACCGCCCCCAUUCUCGACUACUCGGAGGACCACGAGUUCGUCUCCGCCAACCAGCUGGACAACUACUACGCGGAGGAGGACCGAGUAGACGCUAAGGAGGAGGAGAGGAGGAGGCUCACGAAGGGUAUAGCGCCUAGGACGGAGAUGCAGAAUUUUUAUAAGGGGCAGAGUGUGUUUUUGACUGGUGGCAGCGGGUUUUUGGGGAAAGUUACAAUUGAAAAGCUCCUGCGCUCGUGUCCAGACAUCGAAAACAUCUAUGUGCUGAUCCGGAGCAAGAAGGGGAAAGACCCAAAAACUAGACUCAAUGAAAUGCUGGACGAUUUUCUGUUCCAGAGAGCCCACCAAGAGAACCCCAAAGGUAUUUUCAAGGUCAUCCCCAUCGUCGGUGACAUGGAGCUGCCAGGGCUCGGCAUCAGUGAAGAAGACAGGAAGACAAUUAUCAGCAAGGCGACGAUAAUAAUCAACGCCGCAGCCACUGUAAAAUUCGAUGAGAAAUUGUCAAUAGCAACCAAUAUCAAUGUGCGGGGUGCGAGGGAAGUCAUCGCACUAGCUAAGGAGUGUAAGAACUUGAAGGCACUGACACACAUUUCGACUGCGUUCUCACAUACACACGUCAAGUGUGUGGAGGAGAGAUUCUACGAGCCCCCCAUGUCCGUGGAAGCGUUAGAAGCAAUCGCGCAGAUUGAUGAAAUUCUACUCGAAGAUAUCACACCUAAGCUUCUCGGCAAGUACCCCAACACCUACUGCUUCACAAAAGCCGUCGCUGAAGAGGCCGUGCGUAAAUACGGGGAAGGCAUGCCUAUCUGCAUCGUCAGGCCGUCGAUAGUGGUAUCAACGUAUGAAGAACCUGUGCGGGGCUGGACUGACAGCGUCUAUGGGCCCUCUGGUCUCAUGGUUGGAAUCGGCUGUGGGGUUCUCCGCACAAUGUACAUGGACACAGAUAAGCAGGUGGACCUGGUGCCCGUAGACUACGUAGUUAACUCCCUACUGGCCGCCACUUGGCACACCGCCAAGAACUUUAGAGAAAAUCAAACUUCAGACAUUCCAAUCUACAACUUCGUGUCGAGUGCGCAGAACCCACUGAAAUGGAGCGCGUUCAUCGAGAUGAACCAGAAGUACGGGAUCGAGAAACCCACCACUAAGGCUGUUUGGUACUACGGGCUGACACCGACCAGUAACUACCUGGUGUUCCUAGUCCUCAACUUCUUCCUGCAUUUCUUGCCCGCCCUCAUCGUUGACGGCUACUGCACACUAGUCGGACGAAAACGAGUAAUGCUAAAAUUCUACAACAAAGUGAUGAAACUGGCCAGAAUCCUGUUCUACUUCACAAUGCAAGAGUGGCAUUUCUCAGACCGCGGCGUGCGGGCCAUAUGGGGCAGUCUAGACCCCUCGGACCGUGUGGUCUUUCCCUUCAACAUGUCUGAAAUGUCUUGGGAUUAUCACGCUGAGACAUUUAUUGUCGGUCUUCGCGUCUACCUGGUGAAAGACGACCUCUCCACUUUGCCAGAGGCCAAGAAAAAGUGGGACAGACUCUACUACCUCCACCAAUUUGUGAAGCUGGUGUUCUUCGGUCUGCUGCUGAACCUCGCGUAUCUCGCGCUACGGUCUAUCUCAAGACUAGUGCUAGGGUAGAUAGAUAAUUUGAGGUUAGGAAACUUGAGAUUGUUACGAAUAAGAUUAGAGAAGUUUAUGUGAAGGGUGAUAAGAUGAUAUGAAAAAAGUCAAUAAUUGAUUGAAAGUCUUUUUUUAUGUCUGUCGGCCCAUAUAUAUAAUAACCAUAGAGAAAUAAAAGGAAAGAGUGGUAACUCCAUAGAUCAGUUGUCUUCCUAAAACGCGAGUAAUUUCGUAGACGACAUCUAGCGUCAGCAUAGAGUAAGCCCCCAUUCGCACGACAGUUUUUUCAACGCGCGUUAAAAAACCGGGCAAGUGCGAGUCGGACUCGCGCACGAAGGGUUCCGUACCAUAAUGCAAAAAAAAAAACAAAAAAAAGCAAAAAGAAAACGGUCACCCAUCCAAGUACUGACCCCUCCCGACGUUGCUUAACUUUGGUCAAAAAUCACGUUUGUUGUAUGGGAGCCCCAUUUAAAUCUUUAUUUUAUUCUGUUUUUAGUAUUUGUUGUUAUAGCGGCAACAGAAAUACAUCAUCUGUGAAAAUUUCAACUGUCUAGCUAUCACGGUUCGUGAGAUACAGCCUGGUGACAGACGGACGGACGGACGGACGGACGGACGGACAGCGAAGUCUUAGUAAUAGGGUCCCGUUUUACCCUUUGGGUACGGAACCCUAAAAAGCGGUUGAAUGACACACUAACCAUGUAUGUAUUCACACGACAGAGGUGGCGCUUUUUAUCAAACGUUGUUGGAUUUUCGACUUUAAGCCAUGGUCGUUAAAUCGAAUUUAAAGUGCGGACAGAUUCAAGCGCUUUUUAACGCGCGAUGAAAAGAAAUGGGGGCUAAUAUAAAAGUAAAGAAGGAAUGGUAACUAUAUUUUGGUAUAAAACUGAUGUAUGGAGUUACAAAUCUUUCUUUACUUCAGUACCGGAAUUUAUCAGUACUGCCAGGCGUGUCUCACUCCGCGAUUUCGUCGCUUUGCUACAGGUAGCUAAAAGGACAUCCGUUCGGCCCCAAUUUUGGGGUUUGCCAUAAGCCGCGCGUGGCGCUGUCGCCACCUAGCGGCCAUAUCUGUACUGAUCGUAACAGACGCGUUUUGUUAGAGAGUGAGUCUUCUGUACUUAGUACUAUUAUUUAUUCUGUGGUACUGCUAGUCGACAAUAGAUGAUGCGUCGAAAAAAUCCGUGAUUGUAAUUAAAUUAAACAUAUAUUUAAGAAUUGAUUCGUGCUCUCGAAAAUAUUUAAUAUGUAUUUAUUUACAUUGAUAUAUUACUAUGACCUCUACUUGUUAAAUAUCCGUCCAAAAACAAAUGAGAUUUAAAUAUAAGUAUUUUUUUUUAAGUAAUCAAACAUUUUUUUUUGUAAAUGUAUAAACUUUGUCAGAUUUUAAUGUGAUAAUAUCAACAUAUGAUCUGAAACCUUUACAUUCAGAUAUUUAUUCAAUGUACCUCAUUAUUUAUAUAUCAGAUUAUGUACUUAUGCAUUAAAUUAAUAUAUCAGAUUUAGAACAUGACAUUAUACUUUAUUUUUUAGCAAAUUGUUAUAUUAUAAUUUUGUACAAGUUUUGGAACAUUUGAUUGUUUUGCUCAAAUAAUUUUAAGUACAAUAAAAUAUUUUAUUU